GAUACGAUCUCGUGAUGAAUCCAUCAAAAGUCAAUUGGGGUGGGAACGAGUUUGUGAAAAAAGAGGACGGGACGUCACUUCUUAUGAAACUAAAGUUUGAUAAAGUAUUAAAAGAUCUGACUGAAAUAUUCGUAAAUCUUUCCAGAUCGGAGUUGGUUAAUUAUAUUGAAGCAGCUCAACAUUCAACCGAUUUUAACUUUUCAAAUGAUUCCCUUCAGCAAGUCAUGUGCCACAUCAUAGAUGCCAUCUGCUCUGAUCAAAGCACCAAAGAAUCCAAGAAAUCUCAAACAAAACCACCUUCAUCAUCUAAGCCGCAAUUCACUACCGACUGCACAAUAUGUCAAGAAAGUUUACAAAAUAUGAAAGUUUUAAAAUUACGCUGCAGUCAUCGCUUUCACGAAAAAUGCAUCAUUCGCUGGGUGAAGGAGCAGUCAACUUGUCCAAUUUGCAGGAAGUUCACAUUACUGGAGGAAGAUUUCCCGCCGUUGUGCUGAUCAACAUUUCCCUCUUUUAAUUUAUUAAUAUCCACUCUUAUAUUUGUUAAUGUAAAUGUGUGUGAGAGUGUGAGUGUGGCGUGUGUAUACAUUUGUAGCUUAAACGAAUGAGUGUAUGCAGUGAUGUGUUGUAUAUAUAUAUUUUUUAUGUUUUUUUAUUAGCAAUAUAUUGAUGCAGUUACAGGCAGCCUAAAUAUUCAGGAGAUUUUUUUGCCUUGUAAUUAUUAUAUUGAUUUUUCUUUAUUUCAUUCGUCAUUGGCAUGAAAAAUAUUUUUGCCAAAGUUGAAGCAGAGUCAGAUUUUACGGCACGGCUGUGCACAUGGUUGAGGUGCCUGGCAGCGCUGUUGCAGUGACAGAGUUCGGCGUCACAUGCAACGUGUGAUGCGUUAAUUCACGUUUAUUUGCAUACACCGUGUGCCUGGCUGCUGAUAGCUUUGAGAAAUACUAGAGAUAAAUAUGAAAAAUAACUUUUAAACAUCGAUUUAUUAUAUAAAUUUUAAAAAUUCUGUAACACCUUACAUUGUGUAUAAUAACGUAAUUCAUUGAGUAAAUUUUGUUUAGAUCAUUUUAAAUAAACAAUUAUUAUAGUUUAUUUAAUUUUUUUCAAAUGAAAUCACGGUAUAGUUAA